GAAGAUCAUUAUAUGAUUAAACUUAUCAAAACUAAAAAAUAUAAAUUUAUAGCGACUAUUAAAUCUUACGCAUGAACGUCCUAAAGUUGAUUUUACUUUUUGAUUUGAGAUCAUCCAACUCUUCAAAAUGAUGUUCUUGGUUCAAGAUUUUUUCUUCUUAAUUAAAUUAAUUUUUUUUAUCAGUACUCUUUGAAAUUCCAUUACUGAAGAAAAAUGGAGAACCUGGAAAUUGAGAUAAAAAUCGAAGUAAUUAUUAACGAUGAUACACAAUUUUGGAGAGUGAAGAUUCAAUUUAGGAUGCCAUAGCUGACGAAAUGAAAAAAAAUUUUUUUUUUUUUUCAAUUUUUUGACCUUCAAAAACGAAAAUAAAACUUUUGAAUUCUUUCUUCUGAUCGAGGAUGCUGAAAAUUUUUUCUUCCUUUACAUUUAAAAGUUCUAAGAUGAAACAAAAAUGAGAUUGAGUCUAAAAACAAAUUGGAAGUUACAUCUUCAAUUCUUCACUCUAAAAACGAGCAAAAGCUUAGAUUUUGUAAAUUGAAAUGAAAAAGCAAAAAAAUGAAUUAAAUACUACAUAUCUAGUUUCAAAAACAAAAAAAGUAUCGAUAUUUUAUAUUUUGAACUCAAUUCUAAUUUUUGUUGAAUGAAGAACCAAAUACCGUGAUUUCAUUGACUGGUGCUGCCUCUAUACUUCCCGUAUGAUAUCUUCAAACUAAAGUCAGCAUAGUAAAAAACUACACCUGUUUUUUGUUAAACAUAACCAAGUGAAUAAUUUGUAAGCAGUCACUUUGAAUUUGAGUACGUAACAAAAGUUCUUUUUUAUUGAAACUAUUUACUUUCUUAUACUUCAAUUUAAAACAAUGGAUACACCAAUUACAACGUCUUUAGAUUCUGAAAGAAUAUUGAGUGGAUUUCAAAUAAAUUGGGUAAAAUUCCGUGAUGCAGAGACUAAUAAAGUUGUAUGGCAAGGAAAUAAUGACUUGUCAGUACCGGAUGAAGAACAUGAAGCGCAUAUUCCAAUUCAAAUAUUCAAAUGUAACGCCGUUAUACGAGAAAUAAAUUUUAGUUCUGUUGAGAAUUUGGAAAACUUGAGAUUGGAACAGAGAGUACUUUUCAAAGGACGAUGUCUGGAGGAAUGGAAUUUUGAAUUUGGUGUUGUAAUGCCGGGUUCCACUAAUACUUGGGAAAGUGUAAUUCUUGCCGCUCCAGAAUGUCAAAUGAUGCCUGCAAAUUUUCUGAGUGGAAAUCUUAUCAUCGAAACAAAGUUCCUUGAUCAAAAAUUACUGAUAGCAACUAGCUGCGUACGUCUUUUCUAUGUUUGAAUUACAAUAAGAAUUCAAGAUUUUGUGUAAAUAUUCGUUGUUUGAAAUAAAAAUUUAUAUUACUC